UCCUACCGGAGAAACACCAGCGUCGGCCUCACCGGUGUUCAACGCGGUAAACUGGGAGUUCUGGGAACGAUGGGCGAGGCGGUAGCUUUGGGAGAAUAACACGCUUGAGCUUCACGGGGGUCCUCCUGGAUUCUUUUUCAAUGCUUUGUGCCGUGGGAUGGAUUCCAGACUGAGUUGACCCACCAAAGGAGACUGUCGGGGGGAAAAAAGGACUGUAUUUUUAAACUCAAACCUUUGGAUCUCAAUUCCUUUCAGACAGGCAAGGACACAUCUCAUUGAACGAUGGCUUUGAUGAAGAUAAAGUUCGACCUGAAAAAGCGAGUAAAGCUCGCCCAGAGCGUCUGGUUCCUGUUCUGGUUCGCCGUAAUGGCCGGCGUGCUGGUCUUCAGCAUGGGCCUCUUCUUCAAGAUCGAGCUGCGAAAGCGCUCGGAACUGAUGGACAACAACGAGAGCCACUUCCUGCCCAACCUGCUCAUACUGAUGGGCCUGCUCGCCUGCGCCAUCAACGCCUUCGGAGGCAAGGUCUGCUACGACUCGCUGGACCCCACCAAGUUUGUCAAGUGGAAGCCCAUACUGAAAAACUUCCUGAUGGUCUGCGUGGUUUUCAACGCGCUGCUGGUGGUGACGGCCCUCUUGUGCUUCGUGAUGAGGAUCCCGCUGCAGUUCACGCUGGCAGAGGGCCUCAAGAACGGAAUGAGGUACUACAAGGACACGGACACGCCGGGACGCUGCUACAUGAAGAGGACCCUGGACCUGAUGCAGAUCGAGUUUCGUUGCUGCGGAAACAACAACUACAGGGACUGGUUCGAGAUCCAGUGGGUCAGCAACCGUUACCUGGACUUCAGCGCAAAGGAAGUCAAAGACCGCAUCGGGAGUAACGUGGACGGCCAGUACCUGAUGGAUGGCGUGCCCUUCAGCUGCUGCAACCCGAGCUCGCCCAGGCCCUGCAUCCAGCAGCAGAUGACCAACAACACGGCCCACUACAGCUACGACCACUACACCGAGGAUCUCAAUGUGUGGAAAAGCGGCUGCCGAGACGCCCUGCUGUCCUACUACGGCGGCAUGAUGACCACCAUCGGAGCUCUGGUGCUGCUGGUCACCAUGCUGGAGGUUGCCGUGACCGUGGGCCUGCAGUACGUCGACAGCUCGCUGUCCACGCUGGCCAACCCGGAGGACCCGGAGAGCGAGAGCGAGGGCUGGAUCCUGGAGAAGACGGUCAAGGAGACGUUCACUGACAUCAUGACCAAAAUGAAGACCAUGGGCAAAGGCGGCAAAGUGGAAGAAGGGGAGGAGGUGGCGGUGGCCACGGUGAGCUGAGCGACCUUGGGACCUUCUCCCCGCUGCCAAAACUGACACCGCUCUCACCCGAGCAGGGACAAGAGGAUGUGUGAGAUGAUUUUACAACACCAAUCUUCACACAUAUUUGGCAACUUUUAAAGUGUGUCUUUGCAGGAAACAUGCGGUACAUCAGAGGUGUCCAAACUUUAAAAAAUCAAAGCAUGAAGGGGCCAUUUUGAUAUUUUGCAUUUUCAAAACCAAUGUGUUUUUGUUUUUUUUUAACCUUUAGGGCUUCCCUCAAAUUCGGUCCCGGGGACCUGGAAGGGUCUAAGUUAUAACAAUGUUAAGUGUGUGUGUAAUAUAUAUAUAUAUAUAUAUAUAUAUAUGU